CCAGCCUGGAGUCGACACUCAUGAAUCAGCUCACGUAGCCAUAUUAACCACCUCGACAACAUUGACGACACGUGCGCCCCGCGUCAGCAGCUUCGCAAGGAUGCCCAACACCAUUGUCGACUUCUCAAGGCUCCUCAGCCAGUUAUCAUACGACCGGCUCGUGGAUAUCAAGGACCAGUGGUUCCCUCCUAAACCGACAUUCACCGAGGCCAAUGUCCCUCGCCAAGAUGGCCGUGUCUUUAUCGUCACUGGCGGCAACUCCGGUAUCGGUCUAGCUCUAAUUAAGUUGUUGUAUCCAACUGGCGCGAAGAUAUAUCUGGCAUGUCGUUCAGAAGAGCGGGCCAGAGCCGCCAUCAAGGAGGUUGUCGACGAGGCAGCGGCCGCGUCUAACCCUGGAUCACUCGAGUACAUGCACCUCGACCUCAACGAUCUCACGUCAAUCAAAGCGUCAGCUGCCUCUUUCUCCCAGCGGGAAUCACGGCUUGAUAUAUUGUGGAACAAUGCUGGCAUCGCUGGUGCACCGGCUGGCACAAAGACGAAGCAAGACCUGGAGGGUCAUACUGGCGUCAAUUGCGUGGGGCCGCUGCUCUUCACACAGGAGCUUCUCCCACUGCUACGUUCAGCUGCAAAAGGUUCAGCUCCUGGUGCGACGAGGGUAGUCUGGGCAUCCUCCAUGAUAAUCGAACGCUUCGCUCCACACGGAGGCGUGGACCUCGCAGAGCUGGAUCGCAUGAACGCGGCAGGGACAGGAUCAGAGAAUGCCUCUGUAGAUUAUGCAGUCAGCAAGGCUGGGAACUGGUUUCUUGCCGUCGAAGGUGCCCGACGGUGGGGGUCGAGCAUCGUGUGCGUUACCCAGAACCCUGGUAUGAUUAACACAACGGUCUGGAAGCAUCAGCCCAGCUGGCUGCUGGCUAUAAUGCAGCCAACUUUCUCCCCUCCAAUAAUGGGUGCAUACACGAUGCUCUUCUCCGGUUUCUCGGAAGAGGUGGGACUCGAUACAAAUGGCGCCUACAUACUGCCUUUCGGAAGAAUGCAGAAGAAGAGCGUCCGGGAUGAUAUCGUUGAAGCUAUCGCAAACGGUAAAGCGAAGGAGUUCUGGGAGUGGUGCGAACGCCUUCAUUCACGGUAUUGCUAAAAUUCAGUAUUAAGAAUAAUUUAAUUCGC